CCACCUUGGGCGAUUCGUUUACCCCCAGUGUUACACUUACCACAAUUUGAGAAUCACUGAUUUAAGCUAUUUUACACACCUCUGAUUACAGAACAUGCAGUCCCGGGUCUCUGGAGGUGUCUGAGGGAGGGUGUGUCUGCUGCGAACUAAUGAAGAUCACCAAGCAACAGCCAGGUGUGUGUGUUAGAUGAGCAUAAGCACACAUCAUGUUUGUGUGUGAGCCUGCUGUCACCUGCAACCCGACCCAGGGAGCCACGUGGAAGACGCCAGGAUGAAACCCAAUCGCUCCAGUUUAAACGUCUGUAAGAGGAGAAUGGUGAACAAAGUGAAGUUCUCAGUGACGUGCAGCACUCCAUCAGCAGAAGAGGCGUUCAUUUAGAAGUGUGAAUCAGGAGGAGCUGUUAACCUGGGUGCUAAUCCCACUGGUGCUUCUGCGUUCCUGGAAGGAUGGAGUACGGCCUGGGCGAUGGACUGAAGAUCAGCUGAGCAGCCAGGAGUUUGAGAUAAGCAUCAGUGGAGACUGUCUGGAGCUUCUCUGCAGGAUGUGUGUGUGAGCUGUAGGCGGGACUGAGGCUGGUGAUGGAACUCAGGCCGAACUGCAGCGCUGAGUGUGAGGCAGGAUCCUGCUUCAUUCAUCCUGCGGUGAGCAGCCCACACAGCUGGGACAUCCUGCUGAGACUCUGCUCACUGUCCACGAGGGUAGUGGAGGUGCAGAGCAGAUCUCUGUCUCCAGUUCUUUGUGCCUUGGUUUGGACGCUGCACUCCUGUGGGAUCCUCCUGGCCUUCUUCUUCUUCAUCUUUACCAUCCGUUAUAAAAACAACAGGAUAGUGAAGAUGUCCAGUCCUAAUCUGAACGCUCUCACUCUGUUUGGGAGUGUGCUGACCUACACUAGCGGCUUCCUGUUUGCUGUGGAUGACAGAUCACCCGUACAUUCAGCAGGGCCCAGAGCGGUACUGCAGGCAAGAGUCUGGACACUGUGUAUUGGCAGCUCUCUCGUGUUUGGACCAAUCCUGGGUAAAACGUGGCGUCUGUACAGGGUCUUUACCCAGCGCGUACCGGACAAGAGAGUGAUAAUCAGAGAUAUUCAGCUUAUGGGUUUGGUGGCUCUGCUGAUUCUGGUGGAUGUGGUGGUUCUGACUGCGUGGGGUCUGACUGAUCCUGUCAGGUGUUCCCGCUCAGUCAGUGCAGUGGUCAAGGUGGUAGAGUUUGAUGUGCAUUACUCCUUAUCUCAGCUGGACUCCUGCUCCUCUCACUACUCAGACCUGUGGGCCAUUCUCCUCUGUGCCGUCAAGUGCAGUCUUCUGCUGUACGGCACAUACCUGGCCGGACUGACCAGCAACGUGAGCCUGCCCCCAGUCAACCAGUCUAUGACCAUCACGGCUGCCGUGUGUCUGGUUACGGCGUCUACGGCUGUGGCUGUGCCUGUCUCUCGCUACCUGUAUGCCUGGCCUAACCUGGUCUACAGCGUGAUAUCUGGAGCCAUCUUCAUCUGCACCACCACCAUCAACUGCCUCCUCUUCGUUCCUCAGUUAACCCAAUGGAGGCAGUUUGAAGAGGAGGUGAACCCCCACCCCAGUCAGAUGGCCAAGUACUUCAGCAGUCCAAGCAAGAGCCUGCGCUCCAUGUACAGCGAGGACGAGGUCUACUACUUGCUCGGAGAGAACGACUCCAUGAAGAGGCUAAUCAGUGAGAAAAACGCAGUCAUAGACAGCCUCCAAGAACAGGUGAACAAUGCCAAGGACAAACUUCUGAAGCUGAUGUCUGUGGGUCACCUCCAGGACGACAGAGAACUGGACUCUUCCAACACAAACCUCAACUCCUGCUCCACGCAGACCACUGUGGUCCCUCUAGACGCUCCUCCUUCUCCUCUGCCAGAUCCAGAGCCUUCUCCUUCUGCUGCUCUGUCUCCUCCACCUUAUGUGCAUCCACCUUCACAUCCUUCUGAGUCUGAACCUCAUUUGGUGCCUUGUUUGGUACAUCCUGAUGCAGCUCCUUCAGCUCCUUUGGCUUCUUCGGCUUUUUCUCCACCUUUGUCUUCUCGCAGUCCUGACGGAUCAUCGCAGAAGUCUCAGGAUGUCCAGUUGAAGCUUGAGUGUGAGAGUUUGACAAGGAACACAGGUGAAAUGAUGCAGAAGAUGCAGAAACCCAAUGCAAGUGUGAACAUUAUAAGUGUAUCUGUGGGGCCUGGACCUUCAGCAGAACUUCACAAGCUAAUAAGCUUGAAUAAACCACAGGACUGCACACCCCUGUCCCCUGCUGGUACCAGUCCACCUCAGGGUGAGACCACCGCAUCAGUGGUAGAGCAUAAUGUACCAACGGGAGGCCGGCAAGGCUUUGUGAGCAGCGAGCAGCUGCAGGAGAUUUUGCAGGACUUGAGUGUGAACACUGUCAGAGGAGUGAGAAAUCCCUCCAAUCCUGCUCAAGAGGACUUGAGCGGCCUCGUCCCUUUCUCUCCACUCUCUCCUCUCUCUCCUCGAUCACCCAGGCACUUCCACCUCCCCAGCAUAUCACCCUACAUGAUGCGAAAGCGCAGGCCUCCUUUCCACACCUCCAGAAUGGGCCCGCCUCCUUACUAUUACCCAGGUUCAGCACCUCCUACAGCUUGCCGAAGGGGUUCUGCACCACCAGGCCAAGAGAGACUGCAGGAACAAGACCCCAAAACAGCCUCCACUUCUGCUCAGGCGAACUGCACUCCUACACAACCAGACUCAAACAAUCAUCAAGCUGGAAGUGAUGAGGACAGUAACGGAGGUCAUGGUCAUACAGGGUCAUGCCGUCUUUCACGCAGCCAAUCACGGCUGGACAGGAGAGGUUCUAGACGAUAUCGAAGGUCGUCCUCUGCAAGACGUCCUAAAAGUCCCUUGGAAGGACAUAGACAUUUAGACGGGACUAGAGAUCCAGAUCCGUACGGAUACUCAGACUCAGAGUCCAGCAGCUCAGAGGAUUACUGCUACUACCACCGACCCUACUGUGAAGCCUGCCUGCACAACCCGUACGCCUCCAGCGGAAGCAGCAGCACCUCCGAAACUUCGGACAGUGAAUUUGAGGAGCUGUGCCGCUCCUCGCACCCUGUGGUUAACUUUAAAGAGGACCUUAAACCCACUUUUGUUUGAACAGAGGUGAGGUGAGGGGAGUUAGACAAUGCUCUGUGGAAAGCCAGGGUCUGUAACAAUGGAAUUAUUGUAAUGUUAAGGCUUUUGGAAAAGGAAACAAUGCACUAAACUAAACAUGGCACUAUAGAGACAAUAGAAACAUAGUUACACUACAGGCCAAAAAUAAGGAAAGAACAUUUUUUUGUGGAAAUACACUGAAAAAAAAUACACUGAAAACAGAACUAUUUCAUAUAUUUCAUAGACUAACUGAAUCAGUUUUUGACUAAAUGUUGUGCAUAGUGUACUAUUCUCCUAUAUACACUGACGAAAUAUAUAGAAAAAUCUUAGGGUACAACCAACAGUACAGGGAACAGCUUGGGAAUGGCCACUACAAAAAUUACCCUUUUAACAAUAUAUAUAUUUAUGCUCACAUACAUGUGAGCCCUUCUGAAUAAUCAUAUAUGUAUAUAAUGUAUAUUUAUAUAUAUAAAUAUAUAUUUUUGGGAGGAAAUAUCUCGUAUCACCAACAUGGAGAAGGAAAAUUACCAAAAGAAUAACAUUUCAAUAAAGGUCAGUGUAAAAGAUGUAAUUCCAAGUAAUUUCUACUUUUACUUCUGAAGAUUUUCUAUUUAUUAGAUAAUUUUGCAACACACAAUGCAAAAAACAACUGCCAGAUUUACAUUAUGUCAAAAAAUGAAUGUUAGCAUAAAAGAGAAACUUUUCUAUUCUUUAAUAUAUACCUCUUUAUUAAUAUUUUAUGAAUAAAGAAUGCCAUUAGAAGGCAUGUUUCAGUUUUCACAUAGUCACUUAGUUGGCAAGCAAGACCACUCUGAACAAAAAAGCCCAGAGAAUACAAUGUCUAAACGGGCCCAAAAACGGACCUAUAUUUCUUUUAUGUAUCAAAAAAUAUAGGUUUAAAUAAAGCACACAUUUUUUUUUACCAGAAAUUAAAUAAAAAUAAAACCCAGAAGGAAGAAAAUCGUUAA